UGACGUGCCAACCAUAUGGCACUGGCAGCAGAGCUGGUACCCCCUUUGCUGGGUAGAGAUGCCACUCUCGCCUCCUUUUGGAUAGAGGACUGCAGGAGGCUGGAGCACCUCAAGGAGCCGCGUCCCGCUCCCAGAAGAUGCUGGGAACAAUGAAAUAAGAAUUCCUGCGGUCCGCCCGAAGCCACCAUGUUGACGCGACUUUUCAGCGAGCCCAGCCUGGUCCCCGAAGUCCCGAAAUUCCCCGGUUGGGCCGAGGAGUGCGAGGAGGAUGCCCGGAGCGAGAAGGAGGAGCGGGCGGGGAAGGGCUGCGCCCUUCCCGAGGAGCCGCCCGAGGGUUCGCUGGGAGAGAGCAAAGAGGAAGGGGAGCUAGGAGGGGACGAGGAGGAGGAGGAGGAGGAGGAGGAAGGCCUGGAGGAGGCGGAGGGCGAGCGGCCCAAGAAGCGCGGCCCCAAGAAGAGGAAGAUGACGAAGGCUCGGCUGGAGCGGUCCAAGCUGCGGCGGCAGAAGGCGAACGCCCGGGAGAGGAACCGGAUGCACGACCUGAACGCGGCCCUGGACAACCUGCGCAAGGUGGUUCCCUGCUACUCCAAAACCCAAAAACUCUCCAAAAUCGAGACCCUCCGCUUGGCCAAGAACUACAUCUGGGCUCUCUCCGAGAUCCUGCGCUCGGGCAAGCGGCCCGACCUGGUCUCCUACGUGCAGACUCUGUGCAAGGGGCUGUCCCAGCCCACCACCAACCUGGUGGCCGGCUGCCUCCAGCUCAACUCCCGCAACUUCCUGACGGAGCAGGGGCAGGAGGGGGGUCGGUUCCACGGCCCCAACGCCGCCUCCUUCGCCGUGCACCCCUACCCCUACCCUUGCUCGCGGCUGGCCGCGGCGCCCUGCCCGCCCGCCGCCGGUCCCGGGCCGCACGGGCUGAGGACACACGGCUACUGCGCCUCCGCCUACGAGAGCCUCUACGGCAACACCUCCCCCGACUACAACAGCUCGGAGUACGACGGGGGGCUCAGCCCCCCGCUCUGCAUCAACGGCAACUUCUCCCUCAAGCAGGACUCUUCAUCCCCCGACCACGAGAAAAGCUACCACUACUCUAUGCACUACUCGGCGCUGCCCGGCUCCCGGCCCGCCGCCCAUAACCUGGUCUUCGGGUCGGCGGGGAUGCGCGGGGGGGUCCACUCCGAGAACAUCUUCCCCUACGACAUGCACCUCCCGCACGAGCGGGGCCCCAUGUACGAGGAGCUCAACGCCUUCUUCCACAACUGACCCCUUCCCCACACCCCUCCCCAUCGCCGAGGUGGCGGGGAGGGGGGAGAUACCCCACCCCCCACAUCCCCAACCCCCCCCAACCCGCGGCAGCCCCGCGGAUCGGCCCCCGGGGCUCCGCCGUGGGCUUUGGUGCAAUAUGGGGACCCGGCCCCGGCGGCGGGUCCCCGCGCCCCGUGGGGACAAAGUGCUUUUUUGGGAGGAUUUUUCCCCUUUUCCUUAAUUUUUUUUAUUAUUAUUGUCGAUUCCGUUAUUUUAAAAUUUUCGUUAUUUAUUGCUAUUUCUUUAUUGUUUAAUGUAAUUUAUUUAGUUCUUUUGUUAUUAUCGCUGUUAUCGUCGUUAUUAUUAUAAUAACUAUUACAGCUAUUAUAACUACUAUAGUUAUUAUUAUUAUUAUUAUUAUUAUUACUAUUGUUACUAUUAUUAUUAUUAUUACUAUUAUUAUUAUAUUAAUUUAUUAUUUUCCAGGGGGAGAUGCCCCUCACGGGCCGACCCCCCCAUCCAGCCCACCGGAGCCCCCCCGGUGCCCAGCACGACCCUCUGGGUCGAGCCGCUUCGUUUCAUUUUUAAUUCGUUUUAAUUAAAUUUUAUAUAUUUAUUUUUAAAAAUAUUUUUC